AGCCAUUGGAACCAUCCCCAAACGGAUUCAAGAUGGUGUGUGGACUCGACGCAAAGCCUUGAGCGUCUGCCAAACAUAAUUAUAAAGCUACGUUGUUUGGAUCGAUAUCAAGCCCCUUCGUAUAAACGUCGAUGACAUCCUCGCGCUGAUUCAAUCCUAAGUGAGCAGCUCUCUGUAACCUGAGAAUCAAUGCUUAGGUUCAUCGGUUUGACAAACCAAUAAUAUGAUCGGACUAUCAAAAUUGUUAAAUACGUACAAAACUAAUAAAUCACGGUGGUUUCUCACCGUAGUUACCUGCUCGUCAAGGAGGAGCAUGUCGACACGAAGAAUAUGGUCGAUUUAAUUCAAGAGAGUGGGAUGAGUGAUUUAUAAGACGUAAAUGAAUGGAUUAAUGUAUUCAGGUGACGAAAACUCAGGCCGUUACAGAGACACUGCCGGAGGUGGUGAGAUGUGAAGAGUCACGCGACACUCUUCUGAUCGUGAAAAAAAAAAAAGAAGAAAACUCUGAUGACAUCUGGGCUUUGAUAGAGAAAACAUAAAAAGCCCAUAGAAGAAAUCAGAUUAAAAAAAACGAAGCCCACAUUUCUAAGGUCUUGCUGACGUGUCAAAAACGACUCUCCUGAUUGGAUGAUUUUAAUGUCCUACGUGGACAGGCUCUCUGAUCAGUAUAUGCUCCUUUUAGUAUAGGUUAGAUAUGGAGACAAAAAUUUCAAUUAGGUUAUACAGAAGACUUCUUGGGAAGUCUUCUAAGAGAAAACUUCUUAUAAAGUCCAAUAGACCCUAAUAUCAAAUACAUGAGAAGACUUCUGGAAGAUAUUUGGAAGACUUUGCUUUAUGCGAAAAACCUAAAUUCUACUAAAAUUUAAGCGGGAAUAUGUCAGAAGACUUCUUGGGAAAUCUUCUCGAAGUCUUCUAGAAAUUUUUCAAACCAUAACCUAAUAAAAUAACUAACUAGAUAGCAAAAAACAAUUCAUUAAACUUAAAAUCAACUUAUAAAGUGUUUAAUAUACACAAAAUUAAACACAUGUAGAACAAUUGUUUUAAAAAAAGUUAAGAUUCUAAAAUUAAACCCUAAAUACAAACAAUACUAUAACAUAUGUUACUAAACCCUAACCAAAGUCUUUUAAGAAUCUUCCAGACCCUAUAAUCAAAUAACUAAGCAAAAACACUUCCUUAAACUUAAAAGAAACUUAGAAAGUGUUUAUAUCAAAUAAUUAGAUAGUCACUAAACACAUAUACGUCAAACUAAAAAUAAAAAUUAAAAGAUAAUAUUUCAAAAUCUAAUCCUAAAAAUACCAACAAUACUAUAACAUAUGUUACCAAACCCUAAACCGAAGGCUUUCAUGAAUCUAUCUACAUCCAUUCAUCUAUGUUAAAAAUAAUUUAAUUUUUGUAAAACUAAAUUUCCAUCAUUUAAAAAUGUUUAUUAAUACAUGAUUUUGAUUUUUUUUCUCUUUCAAAAUAUUUUUUUAUAAAAUUUAUUAAUUACUUAUAAGAUCUAACACAUGAGAAGACCCAGAAGACUCCUAGAAGAUUUCGAUUUAGGCGGGAAAUCUAAAUUCUUCUAAAAUUUAGGCGGGGACCCUAAAUACUACUAAAAUUUAAGUGGGAUAUAUCAGAAGACUUCUUGGAAAGUCUUUUGUGAAUCUCUGAAACCCUAUAAUCAAAUAACUAAACAAUAAAACAUUUCCUUAAACUUUUAAGAUACUUAAAAAGUGUUUAAAUCAAGUUAUUAGAUAAUCUCUAAACACAUAUAGGUAAAAAAAAAAUUUAAAAAAACAAAAGAUAAGAUUUCAAAAUCUAACCCUAAAUAUACCAAAAAUAUUAUAACAUAUGUUACCAAACUCUAAACCAAAGACUAUCAUGAGUUAAUCUAUUUUCACGCAUCUAUGUUGAAAAUAAUUCAAUUUUAGUAAAAAUAAAUUUAAAUCAUUUAGAAAUGUUUAUUAUUACAUGAUUUCACUUUUUUCCCAUCAAAAUAUUUUUUAUAAAAAAAUUAAAUUAUUCUUAAGAUUUGCUGAACGGGAAGACUUACAAAGAAAUCUUAUCUGUAAGUCUUCUCACGUGGAGGGUUAUAAUGGUAAAACUCAAUACAUGUUUUUUGUUUAGUCAUAAGGAGGUUGUCGUAAUUUCACUAGCCUUUUGGAUUAUUUUUGCAUUUGAUUGAAUUUGUGGUACAUUUUUUGUAUUCAAAAUCAAAAUUUGAAUCAUUUUUGGCAAUUUUCCCAUUAUAAUAUUAUAAAUCGUCUGUUUUACCAUAUCAGUUCAACACUUAUAAUUUUUGUUUUACAAAAUAUUGAUUUUGUACUUUUGAUGCAAAAUUUUACAUAAACCUUCGGUUUUAUUCUAUUAUUUUAGUUUAUUGAUUAGAGAUGUAAAAUAAACUAGCGUACUGAUAAACAAAUUUGUAGAAUUUUCAAUAGUUCUGAUAAUAUGCGUGAAAAACAUUUAUAAUGAAAUGAAUGAUCUAGUUUAUCAGGUCAGGAAUUUUUCGUCACUAAAAAAGCGUGUUUAUGCACAAAACAUCGCUUUAAAUACAAUUCGGUAGAUGUCCCAAUUUAAAAUAGUACAUGCGUGUAUGGUAUCAAAUUGUUCCUGAAGUAGAAGAAGCCAAAUUGCAUUUUUUUCAACUAUCACCAAGCCAAUAAAAACGAAAUACACGCUUGUCUUGGUUGCUCAAUAACGUUUAAGUCGAAAAUGAAACAUCAUGAAAUAGUCUGGCUCUAGUACAUGAUGACGUUGUUUGUCGAGUUCUUACACACCACGUAUAAGCUACUAACGUCGUCGCUCCUUCAUGAUUCACACAAAUUAUAGUAUUUCCAUUUUGAAUAUAUUUUAAAUGUUUUUGUUUCGAAGGGUACACAAUUAUUGUUUUUACUUCUUUUUUAUUAACGGGAUAUAUGGAUCAAGCCAACUUGUCUUCGAGAGCGACGAAUAGUCCAACUUCAAUUUUUCAAAUGACACCUAAAGUAUUGUUUCAUAUCGUGUAGAGUGACAAUUUAGUUCCAAGUAGGAAUUGAACCCAUGAGCGACGGGUAUAAUGCACAAUUAUUGUUUACUUAUAAAUACUCAACGUAGCGGACCACUCUUGUCCAUUAUUAAGAGAAGCAGUACUAAAAACAACAACGCUGUAUUUUACUAUUUUAUCACUUGGCUAGCUCUAAAAAUGCAACGUGCAUUAGAGGAACCGCACUGUACCAUUUCCGUCGGAUCACCUACGCUCGUGGAGUUGCUGACAGACUGCGAUAGUUUCCGGAAGGAAGAAGACUCGAGCUCUGUCGCCAGAAGCGAUGAUCCGGCUCAUAGCAUUAUAGAUGUCGAGGCUUUGCACGUAAAACCUGUGCGGUUCGUCUUAGCCUUUAACAAUCUUGAAUACAACGUGACAUUUCGCCGGUGGUUUGAUUUCUCGCGGCCGCGAAGCUCCGAUACAGUGAAGACUCUACUCGAUGAUGUUUCUGGAGAGGCUUGUGAUGGAAACAUCCUCGCCGUUCUCGGUGCAAGCGGAGCCGGAAAGUCCACCUUGAUCGAUGCACUGGCGGGACGUGUUGCCAAGGAGAGUCUUAAAGGCUCUGUGACACUAAAUGGAGAGAAUGUUUUGGAGUCGCAGCUGUUGAAAGUGAUAUCAGCAUACGUGAUGCAAGACGACCUUCUCUUCCCGAUGCUCACUGUUAAAGAAACCUUAAUGUUUGCUUCCGAGUUUCGUCUCCCAAGAAGCUUCCCCAAGUCAAAGAAGAUGGAGCGUGUCCAAGCCCUCAUCGACCAGCUAGGCCUCAGAAACGCGGCGGACACAGUUAUAGGAGACGAAGGACACCGUGGCGUCUCCGGUGGAGAGCGGCGACGCGUUUCGAUCGGUAUCGACAUCAUCCACGACCCUAUUGUCUUGUUUCUAGACGAGCCUACGUCGGGGUUGGAUUCCAGCAACGCGUUUAUGGUGGUGCAGGUUCUGAAACGAAUCGCUCAAAGCGGCAGCAUUGUUGUUAUGUCGAUCCAUCAACCCAGCACUCGUAUCAUAGACUUGCUUGAUCGCCUUAUCAUCUUAUCUCGCGGAAAGAAUGUUUUUAGUGGCUCUCCGGCUAGUCUUCCUAACUUCUUCUCUAACUUGGGACAUACAAUCCCUGAGAAAGAGAACAUCACUGAGUUCGCACUCGAUGUAGUUAGAAAACUCGAAGGAUCAACCGAAGGAACCAGAGAGUUGGUAGAGUUCAAUGAGAAGUGGCAGCAAAGCAAUCUUGGACUCAGCCAAUCAGCUCGACCCACCCCACAUGGCUUAUCCUUAAAAGAAGCAAUAAUUGAGAGUGUGUCAAGAGGAAAACUAGUCUCGGGCUCAUCAUCUGGAGCUACUUAUCUCACCUCCAUGGAAACAGUAUCUUCAUACACGAACCCGUCACUAUUCGAAACGUUCAUCUUAGCCAAACGUUACAUGAGAAACUGGAUCCGGAUGCCUGAGCUCCUAGGAACACGGAUCGCCAUCGUUAUGGUCACUGCAUUUCUAUUAGCCACUGUCUACUGGAAGCUGGACAACACUCCAAGAGGUGCACAAGAGAAACUGACUUUCUUCGCAUUUGUGGUGCCCACGACGUUCUACUUAUGUUUAGACAAUGUCCCGGUUUUUAUCCAAGAACGAUAUAUUUUCUUGAGAGAGACAACUCGCAAUGCCUACAGAACAUCGUCCUAUGUCAUCUCCCACUCGCUGGUGUCUCUUCCGCAGCUUAUUGCUCCUUCCUUGGUAUUUUCCUCGAUAACAUUCUGGACGGUUGGUUUGCAUGGCGGGUUAGAAGGCUUCGUAUUCUAUUGUCUCAUAAUCUACGCCUCGUUUUGGUCUGGAUCCUCCGUCGUUACUUUCAUAUCCGGUCUUGUUCCACAUAUCAUGUUAAGUUACAUGGUCACCAUUGCCUAUGUCGCCUACUGUUUACUCUUGAGUGGGUUCUACGUUGUCCGUGAUCGUAUACCGAGCUACUGGAUUUGGUUUCAUUACAUUUCGCCGAUAAAGUAUCCAUACGAAGCCGUGUUAAUCAAUGAGUUUGAUGACAAGUCUCGUUGCUUUGUUAAGGGAGUCCAAGUAUUCGAGGGUACCCUUCUUGGAGGAGUUAGCGAUAUGAAAAAGGUGGAGCUUCUUGAAACUCUAAGUAGAUCUCUAAGCACUAGGAUAACACAGUCCACGUGCUUGAGGACGGGGUCUGACUUACUUUCGCAGCAAGGUAUUACUCAACUGAGUAAGUGGGAUUGCUUGUGGAUUACGUUAGCUUCGGGGCUCUUCUUUAGGAUCUUGUUUUACUUCGCCUUGCUGUUCGGGAGCAAAAAUAAGAGGACGUGAAAGUAGUCGCCAUAAACAUAUUUAAAUAAGGCUUGAAAACUUCAAAGUGUAUUAUUAGAUUCUCGUUUGUUGUAGUUUUGAGCUAUUCUAAAAUACGGUGAAUACGCUGGUCUAUACGCUGCUUAAACGUUGAACGAUGUUAUCGAAUAUUACUAUUCGGAUUAUCUUUUCUUUUUCCAAACAAUUAUGAUUAUCACUUCGUUACACUUAAAGCAAAAGCAUUGGCAUUGGA